AUGGGAGAAUCCACAGACCUCACGAACGACCCUGCGAACCUUAAAUUCCCAGAAAUUCUUCGAGGCAGAAAGGUUCUUCUAGCAACCGAAUCCUUCGGGCCAGUAAACGGCGUCAGCAAAACAACUCUAAACCUCGUACAAUACCUGCGAAAACAAGGAGUCAACGUCGCAGUCGUAGCACCAGAAAUCGGCACUUCAUCCCAAAACCCAACCUCACCAAACAACACCAACGACGAAAUCGAAAUUCGAGUAAAAGGCUAUCCACUGCCCUACAACCCCGAACUCUCAAUCGUCUACCCAGUCCGAAUAUCAAAGCUCUAUGAACGGACCUUCAAUGAGUCUCCAGAUCUUAUUUACCUCGCCAGUCCCGCAAGUCUGGGAUUUCAGAUCUUGUUACAGUUACGACUAAUAGGCUCCCGUAUUCCGGUCCUGUUGAAUUUCCAGACGGACUUGAGUGGAUAUUGCGAGAUUUUGUUUCCUUCUCCUUUGGAUGCUUGGGCGGUAUGGGUCUUUCGGUCGGUCCAGGGAUAUUUAUUUUGUCACCCGUCUGUACAAACGGUAUUUUAUCCAUCUCUGUUUGUUAGAAAGUAUUUGGAGCAGGCUGGAGUUCAGGAAGACAAGAUGGUGAAUUUGAGAAGGGGGGUUGAUGGAGAGAUGUUUCAUCCGUCGAUGAGAUCUGAAGAUAUGCGGAAGGAGUUGGCGCCAAAUGGGGAGUUGAUUUUAGUAUCUGUUGCUCGAUUGGCACCCGAGAAGGGAUUCGAGUUUCUCGCCCAGGUCGCGAAACUACUUGAUGAGAGAGGAUUUCCGUUCAAGCUCUUGGUUGUAGGAGGGAAUAGAAACCCGGAGGUGGUCCAGGAUAUUUAUGAUAUGUUUGGGUCAUUGCUUGAUGAGGGCAAGGUUCAUUUCACGGGAAUGUUGAAGGGGGAGAUCUUAGCUAGGGCAUACGCAUGCGGUGAUGUGUUUCUGCAUUGUUCCAUCACGGAAACAUUUGGACUUGUGGUACUAGAAUCUAUGUCAAGCGGCGUCCCUGUCAUUGCACGGGACGAAGGAGGACCAAGUGAGAUUGUAGCCGAUGGCAAAUCGGGAUACCUGGUCCCACCGGGAGACCUUAAUGGGUUCAUUGAAAGGGUAGUAAAAUUAGGAAGCGAUCCAGGACUGAGAGAGCGAAUGAGUAUUGAGUCGAGAAGAAUGGCAGAAGAAGCAACUUGGGAGAGUAUCGGGAACAAGGUUGCGUGGGAAAUGGCAGAGAUCCUGAAGAAUGAUGCUAAAAACCCAUUGCAAAGCAACUCUAGUACUUCGGUACCCGUGUACAGUUGGUUUCUGGUUAGUUCGACUGUGAGGAAAGGGAUUGCAACACUUGUCGCCGACUCUCGAGUUUUUGGAGGAAUCGGUAUCAUCGUUGGAGUUUGGGGUGGUCUUGUGGUGACUUGGGGCUUGGUCAAGGUUUCUUUAGCUGGAAAGGGAGUGGUACAACGAAUAAGAGAAGUUUUUGGUAAGACAUGA